UGUGAAUGGUAAUAUGACGGAUUGAUUGUUGGCUUCUCAAUGAUUUGGUUUGGAUUCGGUUUCAAUGGCUUUGGACAAAUAUGUUCUCCGAAAUCAGGGGAACCAAUAUUAAGUAACGAAGAUGUCGAAAUAAAAAUCGUUGUUCCAGUUAGGCUGAGAGACUACGGCCCUGACCGGGAGAGACGCUGUCAUAUCAGCGCUAGCUGGAGCCAAAGAGCUUUUCUUCAGCUUGAAGGUGAUAGACAUGUAUGCAUGGGCUGCUCUCAGGCAGACCCACCCUCUCAGACAGUCUGCGUCUGCGUUCCGCAAAGCCAUGGCUGUCAGGACGCCUUGGUCAGCGAGAGAUACCUGACGCUCGCUUUCACAGACAAAAUAGAGUGCUGGGGAUUUGACGCAACGGACAGCGUGCCAGUCUGGAAGAUGGAAUGCAUGGGUCUGGAGACCGCAGGAAUCCCUGCUCCACUCCCUUUGGUCCUAGGAGGUUAUGUGGUUUCAACCCUCCCUUUUUUCCAGCCUUUGUCCCCUCAUCUUUGUGCGGUCAGCUUGGCCCUUGGCAUGGAGCAUGCGGUCCUGCUGACCGCUUCUGGCACUAUGUAUACCUGGGGUUCCAGCAGUCAUGGGCAGCUGGGGCAUGGCGAGCUGGGCCGGGAGGAGGAGCCACGGCCUGUGGAGGCACUGUGGGGUGUGGCCAUCAGGGGUGUGGCUGCAGGGGGGUGGCACUCCAUUUGCAUCAGUGAUGGUGGAGACAUGUACACAUGGGGCUGGAAUGAAAGUGGUCAGCUGGGCCUGCCAUCACAUUCAGUGCAAGGAGAUAGACUGUGCAGAACUGCUGCUGACCAAGAAGUUGGCAUGCAGAAGGAGGAGGAAGGACCAGUCAGCAGUGAGGUGUUCAUCUCAAUCCAAGCCUUCCCUGCCCUGCUGGACCUUCCUCAGGAGGUUGAGGUCACAAAGGUUAGCUGUGGGUCCCGUCACACUGCAGCUAUCACCAGUGCAGGUGAUCUGUACACAUGGGGAUGGGGUGAGUAUGGUCAGCUAGGCCAGGUAACGACCUCCUCUUCAGACCAACCGAUACAGGUGGGUUUCUUCGCAGACCAUGGACUGCAUGUGAUUGAUGUGGUGUGCGGACCCUGGAACACAUUUGUGUGUGCUGUCGAAAACAAGUCCCCCACCUCCCUGAAACCAACCCACCAACUUCUGGACUUUUAAACCAGUCACCUAUUUGCUACUGCUAAUGAUUCAUGUCAUACUCAUUAAGAGCCAGUUUUAAAAAUCAAGCAUUUAUGUAGUCUUUAAUACACAUUUUUAUUUCUAUAUAGAUGCAGCAAAUACACACAGACACCCAUGUACACACUGAAAUUCUUACAUGAGGGUGUCAUCAAAUUGAUUACCAAAAGGCACACAUUGUGGAUACCAGCAUUUAAGGCCUUACAGGCCCUACAGUGAAUUGGUCAAUGUUAGCUUGAUGUGGAAACCUAACUAUUCAAAAGCAUGGCAUUUGUAAUAUUUAUAAACACUUGAUAGCAUUUCACAAAAUAGGUAAAAUCUGUACUCUUUUUAUUUGUACCAUAAAAAGUACACCUCACCCUUUAAAUUCUGCUCAGUUGGGUCAGAAUGCUGUGUGGAAUUAGAUGAUUUGUUUUCAAGUACUGCUAUACAGAUGUUUGAAUACUGGCACAUAUAUCACAGUCAGUGAAAUUCUUUUUGAUAGUUCAUUAUACAUUUAAAACCAUAAAGAAAGAUUGCACUAAAAUAGUAAAAUACAUUUCACUCUGAACUACAAAUUAUCAAAGGACAGGUCUGGUCAAAAGACAUGAGCAUAGUUAUUUCAUUUUAAAGAAACAAACAAAAGUAAAGGUUUUCUCUCUUUCAGUCUAAAAGAAGCAAUGAAAUAUGAUUUAAGGCACAAGCCACUAUAUUUGUCAUAUAAAAGGUCCAUUAAAAAGAUGCUGUCUUUUGUGUGAAUCCGGCAGAUUUUGCGCAGCUGCAGUGGUCCGUUGCUAGUCUGCAAGUUGCAAGGCUCACAGGACAAUCUUAAAAGAACUG